AUGGGGUUCAUCCCCUGUUUGAAUCUUGUUUUAAACCCAAUUGAGGGUUGUGAUCGUCGACUGCCGUUACCGAUGAUAAGAAUGAAGUCGGCCAAAGUUCUAAACAGGAAUCAGCCGAUGAGUGUGUCAGAUCUAAACUCGGUAUUUCGUGAUUUGCUGGCGGGAAAUUGGUUAGUUCAAGGUGACAAAGCCUUGUCAAUUGGAAGAGGUUCGUUGAGGACAGUUAAAGUGAUGAGAAAGCUAGGAUUUGUUGAUGCAAUUGGAGUGGAUCGUAAACCAUGUUCGUCGUACGUUCGAAGAGGAAACAUUUAUGCAUUACCGUUUAAUGAGAAUCUAUUCGAUUUCGUGUUCUCGGCAGCUUUUAUCAGUGGCGCAAGAGUUCCAGCAAGAAUAGUGCUAGAAAUGGAAAGGGUUUUGAAACAAGGUAGUGUUGGUGUUCUUUUAACAAGGUUACCAGGUCCAACUCCAGCUACAACUGCCUUGGUGAAAGCAGUGGAUCCAUUGGCUUCGUAUUUGAAAUUCUCGGAUAUAGUCCAUGUUCGGAGACUUAAUUCUACUGUGCUUCUAGUUUUCAAGAAAAGGUUUACAUGUAAUGAAGACGAUGACGAUGCAAAUGAAUUAGAGUUAACCAGGAAAUAUUUAGAUCAUUGA